AGGUAGUAGAUGUUGAUACCAGUAGCUGUUUUUAGAGGGUACACAUCGAUAACAUUAUCAAGAGAACAAUAUUAUGGUCUAGAGUUUAUACCAUUUCUAAACGUUUGCUAGAACUCCUGAACCUUGCAAUGCAGGCCUGUAGUAUGCCAGAUUUGCAAAACGAGUUUUCAUCUUUAUAUUUAUCGUGUCGCACGACUCCAAGAGGUAUCCCCAACUCGAGCCCACCCAGAAGUUACUUAACCUGCCAAGAAACAGAUAGAAACAGGGACAUUCAGCAGCCUGAUAGUCCUAGGCGAGCUACGUAUCCACUUGCCUCACCUUCCCGCCGUCGCCGCAGCAACUUAUGUAUGGAUUGUGAAGUUGACUCUUGGGCUCAGUUCAGACGACGAAGUAGCACAAAUCCUCUCUCAACAAGCAGCCUGGUGUUAAACGGUCAUCGCCUUCGUCGCUUUAGCGUCACCCCUAAGAGGAUAGUUCAUUUGGGUGACCUGGUCAGGGAUCGAUCCCGUUCUGACAUAGAACCUUACGAUAGAAGUUGUAGCGACGCCAGCGAUUAUCUUUCCUCAGCGAGUUCUAGCCGCAGAGGUAGUAACCUCUCCCGGCACAGUGUGGUGAUCAUUGGAGGAGAGAAUGUCGGAAAAACAAGUCUUAUCUACAACUUCUUGAAUUCAGAUUACUUGACUGGAUGUGAGAGCUACCAAGCGAAUCCAGAGGACGACGUGGAAAGAUCUGUUUCCGUGCUUAUUGAUGAGGAAGAGACUGAGUUAAUCUUCCAAUCCAUUUCCUCCUCGGAAGUUACGGUGGACGACACAAUGUUUUCCUUCACAGAUGCCUUCCUAGUGUUGUACUCGAUGACCGACAGAGAUAGUUUCGAAGAUGCAGGACGAACUCUGGCUCUUUUGCGGUAUUUAGGAACAAAAUUGACUAAGGAUAUAAUGGGUCCUGUGGGUCCUGAUGCUUUUCCAAAAGCUCUCAUUCUGGUCGGAAAUAAAUGCGACUUAGUUCGUAGUAGAGCAGUCACUGAGGAAGAGGGCCGAAUCUUAGCGAACAAAUACAAUAUUAAGUUCAUCGAAACGUCUGUAGCAAUAGCGCACAACGUAGAUGAACUGCUAGUUGGGAUCGUUAGCCAGAUCCGUCUGAGGUCGAGUGUAACGAAUGACGACAGCCCCAUCUACAGGUCAAGACGUCUAAGUGGAAAGGCCCGUGGUUUGAUGAGCAAAUUUUUACACAAAUGUGAACUGAAAGUUAGAUCGUGCGAUAAUCUCUAUGUUCUGUGAUAUUCUAAAAACUGUAUCCUAAUAUGAUGAUAUCUUUGAAGUCAUAUCAUGUGCCUCAUUUUUUUAGUGUGAUCUUUACAACUGUAGUAAUUGAUGCAGUUGUAUCAUGUCAAUAUAUUCUG